UUCACAAAGACAGAGCACAGCACUCGCCACUGCUUUAAGAGGAAUGGAUCAUAUUUAUUACAGAGUAACUAGUUUUCUCCUUAUUGCAGCUGGACAGAUGAAAUACUCUGGACAGAUGAAAUACCCUGUCAUGGAGGUAAACCUGAGCCCAGUGAUUGUAACGGACAUCCCAAUGUCUAACAUAACUCUUAAUUGCAGUGUCUCUACGCAAAAUAAUACCAAUUUCAAGAUCAAGGUUAAUUGGACAUUUAACUUCAAUAAUACACACCACAACUCACUGCCAACAUCUGGAAAUAAUAUUCGUAUCCAUCUGGAAAAAGAAAAGUACUGGUCCACUCUGACAGUGACAGAUGCACAAGUGAAUAACAGUGGAUGGUACUUUUGCAAAGCGAUUGUAGAUAUUCCUAAACUCGAAACAGUCUGGAGCAGUGGGAGUCGAGUUUUCGUCGGUGGCAACACAACUCUUCCUUCCACUAUGAUGGUCUCGACACCAACAUCCAUAUUAUCUCCCCCUCUCUCAGGGGUAAGGGUAUGGAUGUGGGUUGGUGCAGGUGCAGGAGGUGCAGUCGUCAUUGUGCUGAUAUUGUUCUGGAUUCUAUGGAGGCGAAAGAGAUACAGAGAGACAGAGAAUCCUGUGUACGAAAACACACAGCCAAAGCUGCAGAGUGUGGGUCCCAAACAGCCCUCGCCAAGGCCCUGUGUGCAGACUGACCAGAGUAAGAGAAUCCUGACUGCGAGCACAACACCAAUGCCAGCUCGAGCCUGUGAAAAAACUCUUAUAUAUCAGAACAUGCACCCAACAACACGGAGCGGCGCACAGAAAGUGGUGGCCCAAACCAAAUUGAAGACAACUGCUUAUGAAAAUGUGAGAGCUACAAAACCAGCGAGGAAACACCCAAACAAAGUCAGAUCGAGGGUGUAGAGUCCCCCACAUUCAAAUAUUUCACAACAUUAAUUCCAUCUAUUUUGUUAAUUGAGAGUAUUUUUUUUCAAUUCAAAAGGACAUUUUCCGUCUGCUAAAUGCAGUAUACGUCUUUCCCACUAGAUGGCAAACUUGGCAUUAGAAAUAAUUGAACUAAUCUGUUUUUACUGUUACUACUAAUUAUGUUAAUUUAUUUGCUACUGUGACUGUUGUUAUGUAUUUGUAAGCUUGUAAUCAUCUGUUAAGUGUAACAGUAUGAUAAAUGUGAAUAUUAAACAAUAUGGUGUUGCAGAGAGUGUGUCUCCUCUGUAAUACAUUUUGUU